GGGCUUGGCUCCUUCCCCAGGACGGUUAUAUAACCCCGGGACCUCCCAGACGCAACUCAGAAGCCGUCGAAAAAGCGCUCGCCAUGGGAGACCCGGUCCUGGGCUGGGCGCUGGGAACCUGGGCGCUGCUCCUGCUGCUCCUGGCCCUGGGGCUGCUUUAUGGGACCUGGACAUUUAAUUUCUUUAAGAAGUUGGGAAUUCCUGGGCCAAGGCCGCUGCCUUUUAUCGGAACUUUCCAUGAAUAUUGGCACGGUAUUCUGCAGUUUGACCAGAUAUGCUUUGAGAGAUACGGCAAACUCUGGGGACUGUUUGAUGGCCGGCAACCUGUGAUGGCCAUUCUGGAUCCCGCCCUCAUUAAAACCAUCCUGGUCAAAGAAUUCUAUACUUAUUUCACCAAUCGCCGGGACUUUGGUCUAAAUGGAAAUCUGGACACAGCCUUAACCAUCGUUGUUGAUGAAAAGUGGAAGAGGAUUCGUAGUGCCUUGUCUCCCACUUUCACCAGUGGGAGGCUGAAGGAGAUGCUGCCCAUCAUCAACCAUUAUAAUGAAAUCUUGGUGAAGAACCUUCAGAAGAAAGUGGAGAAUGAUGAAGUGAUAGCACCACGCUAUGCUUCUCCUUCUUCCCUCCAGGAUGUGGUAACCAGCACUUCAUUCGGUGUCGAUAUUGACUCCCUUAACAAUCCCAACGAUCCUAUUGUUGUGAACAUGAAGAAGUUCCUCAAAAUUAGCUUCUUCAAUCCUGUUUUAAUUUUCGCUGUUCUUUUCCCAUUCCUUAUUCCACUGCUGAACCAGCUCAACCUGAGUAUAUUCCCCAAGUCUCCGGUAGACUUCUUCUUUGAUGUCUUCAAAAAAAUCAAAGCAGAUCGACAAAAGAAGAAUCACACGAACCGGGUUGAUUUUCUUCAGCUCAUGAUGGACUCUCAAGCUGCAGCCAACACCUCUGGGGAGGCAAAUUCAGAGAAAGCUUUAACAGACAAAGAGAUUUUGGCCCAGUCAAUUAUUUUUAUUUUUGGUGGCUAUGAGACCAUGGGAUCCUCCCUCAGCUUCACGUCUUAUUGUCUGGCCAUGCACCCCGAUGUUCAAGAGAAAUUGUACCAAGAGAUCAAUGAAACUUUUCCCAAUCAGGACCCUCCCACUUAUGAGGCUGUCCAACAAAUGGAAUAUCUAGAUAUGGUGGUGAAUGAAACACUUCGUCUUUACCCUCCUGGGUCACGACUUGAGAGAAUUUGCAAAAAGACAGUGGAAAUCCAUGGAGUGACCAUCCCAGAAGGGACCGUGGUUAUGAUUCCUGCUUAUGUCCUACAUCGGGUCCCGGAAUAUUGGCCUGAGCCCGAGGAGUUCAGACCUGAGAGGUUUAGUAAAGAGAACAAAGAGAGCCGAGACCCGUAUGUCUUCCUCCCUUUCGGAGCGGGUCCCAGGAACUGCAUCGCUAUGCGUUUCGCCCUCCUGGUGCUGAAAAUGGGUCUGGUGGUUGCACUGCAAAGAUUUCGCUUCCAAACCUGCAAAGAGACACCGAUCCCCUUGGAACUGGACAUCAAAGGGUUUAUGCAACCAAAGAAACCCAUCAAGUUGAAGUUGGUGCCCAGAACUGUUGUGGAACAUGAGGAAUAGAAGAUCUGCAAAGAGGUCACAAAAAGAUUUCACAAUAAAAACAUGCUAGCAUCCGGCCUAAACACAGUUUUUGAAUGAUACAAUCAUUGCAAACUCUACCAGGGAAAAUCCCUGAGGUUUUCAGCAGCUUUAAUCUCACCAGGAAACGUCGGAUAUUAAACUAGGGACCUUCUAUAUAUCAAGUGGAUGUUCUCCACCAAGCCAUUUCUCAAGACCUGGAAUAAUGCUCACCAUAAAAGAUGACCUCAUGCCAUUA